AUGUGCUGCUGUUUCCGACCUGAGGCGGCGACUCUGGGCCGAAGGGAGGCGGCCAGUGCGGGGCCCUGGGACGGUGCGCCCCCCUCGCUCGCUCGCACCAGCAGUCCCCAGCGCGCACUCCUCCUCCGAGUACCCGCCGCCUGGCGGUCCCCGCGCCCCCGCUGCGCCCCGGUCCCGCACGCCCGCUGGCCGCGGCGCGCGCGGCGCGCAGCCCUUGGCGCUCUAGGCGCUUGCAACCCGCUUGCCAAGCGGCCGGACCUUCCGACGCCCGAGCCCACUAGCUUCUGUCAGCCCGUUUUCUACCUAGAAAGCCCCCAACCCGAAGAUUCCCCAAGUCGGUGGAGUUCCCUCACGCUUAAGCGUCCCCGAAUGUCUCUCCCCAAACCACUGGGACCCCCGGAGCCUGCCCGGCCAGAGGUCUCCGAGCCUCGCCGAGCGCCCGGGUCCUGUAGUUCCCGGGAACCGAGUCGUGCCCUGCCGCUCGGAGCCCCUCAACCCCACUGCGCUGUCUUGCUCCCCCCAACACCCGCGAUGGAAGAGCCUUCCCGCCCCCGGGCGCCAAGCUCAGAGCACCCACCUGGCGCCGCAGAAGCGUCCGGGAAGUGCAGCCAGGCGGCGCGGGCUCGGCGCGCGCUGGGGAGAGGCGGACGGGAGCGGCCCGGUCCACACCUCGUGCGGGAUCCGGGACCCGGACCUUCCCCGACGCCGGCCUCCAGCCCGCGGCGCCGCAGUCGCCGCCGACGCCGAGAAGUUAAAUGGGGCUGGGACGGGGGCCGCCCCGCCUCUCCCGCCCCCUCCGGGCGUGCGGAGCGCGGCGCUGGCCCCGGCCCAGAAGCGGAGGGCGCGCGCCGCCACCUGCACCGCCCGGCAAGUGCACGGCGCGCCCGGGCGUCCGCCCGCCCUCGCGUCGACCCCGCGCCCUCCGCCAGCGCCGGGGACGCCGCGGGCUCGAGGGGAGCGCGUGAGGGGCGGGAGCCGGGCGGCUCGGACGCGCGGGGCUGCGGCGACGGCGAGACUCGGCUGGAACGCUCCUCCGCCCGCUUCCUGGAAGCCACUCCUCGCCCUGGGCCGGCCGCCAGGCGCGGUGCCAAGAGCCGGGACUGCCGACGCCGCCACCGCCGCCGGCGGCGGGCGCGCGGGGAAAGGCGGCCGCGAGCCAGCCGGGACGCCCCGCCUCAGCCGGAGCCGGGAGCGGGGAUGCCAUCGCCACCCCCCACCCCGUCCCAACCUCAGCGAGCCUCCGCCCGCCCCGCCCGGGCUCGGGCGCCGACUCUGCUAAGUCAGGCCCAGCGGCCACACGGAGGUUUGCCCGGAACCGCUGGCUCGUGCCUGCGAGCCUCCGGCGCUCCCGGCCAGGCAUGACCAAAGUCGGAGACCAGUGGCCCCUCCCGGCCUGCCCGCCUUCGCCUCCAGCGGCGCCCAGAGCACACGCCGGGCCUGGGCCAGUGGACUCCGGUAAAAUGGCCCGAAUCUUUCAGGAAGUGAGAAGAGGACAUUCAGUGUGAAGCGGGCAGAGGAGAGACUGGUCACUAAGUGCAGGGGAGGCUGGGCUAAACCAGAAAGAAUGCAGCCAUGUACAGUGGAUUCUCCUUAUUUGCCAUGUCUUGUAGAUGGACUUGGGAAGCAUGCUCAAGGCUGUGUUGGAGGCUGGUGGACAGGAGCCCUUGGAGACAAAUCCUAGAGAAGUUAGAGCUGACUGCAGAAGGCACAGAGGAGCCACUGAGGCAUCCCUUGGAGAUAUUGCAGGUUUGGUUUCAGACCAUUGCAAUAAAGCAAACAUCUCAAUAAAGCAAGUCACAC